AAAAGUUAUACAACUACAUGUGCAAUUGCUUGUAAGAAAACCAUUUCCCAUGGAUCCAUCAUUAGCUCACCAACAAUGAUUCUUCUGGCGGUGGUUUAUCGUUAUAAAUAACUGUAAAAAUGGUUGUAAAAUACUAAUCCAUGCUGUAGAAAUAAAUAAUGUUGCAGUUGGCAGAGAGUGAGAAUGAGAUCUUGGAAAAUCACUCAAAGAAAGCCCCCAUGAUUUUGAGCGCUGACUAUUGGUGUUAAUGGGAAAAAAGGUGGAAAGGGAGCUCUAACAUGGCCUGGUGGGGAUGAGUGGUUCCUUGACUUCAGCCGAGGAUGACCUCUUUCCCUUUUUAUAUCUAUUAACUAUUUCCAUCAACAGCUAAUAUUUCAGUACUCGUUGAGCACAGAUCAUGGUGUUGUUUGGUUGGUUUUAUACUCGAUAUCUGUGAGAACUGUUCUGUGAAGUCGCCUCCACGUUUGUUUGCAAAAUUUUUGGGCCAAUUUGCCGAGUUCUUUGCUUUGCUGCUUCAUCUGGACAAGAAGCUUCCAGGCAACACACACUAGCAGGAUUUGGUAAGACGCGUUUCGAAAAUCUUCAAUUAGAGGGGGAUUGGUAAGGUUUUCUUGGGUUUUUAGCAUUUGGGAUUUCUGGACUUUCAUUCUGGUGCUUCCAGUGUGCUACAUUUGCUCGUAACAGUGCUGGGUUCUGGAGUGCAUUUGUAAAUCUGGGUGUUGUUAAAACCAGUUCAGGACUUCUGGGGUUGUUCAAACUGAACUGUUUUGAAUUUUGAUCUGUGCUUUUUGCUCAAAAUCUCGAAAUUUGAUAUCGUGGUGUUGCUCAUAUUAGGGUUUUCUGAACUGGGUUUUGCUUAGUCUUGUGGAAUUGGGUUUUUUUAGGGCUUAUUAGUGUUCGAAGAAUUUACGUACUUGUAGUGGAAGAGUAUGUAAAUUAUUGGAUUUUACUCAUCUGAAGGUUUUAUGAACUAGGUCUUGUUUGUUUGAGUGAAUAGGAUUCUUCUUUGGGUGGUUGUGUUUUGCAAUUUUUGGGAUGGAACAUUGCUUUGGAAUGGUGCGGUUCCAUAUGUUUUUUGGGCGAAGAUUGGAGAGCUACAAGAUAUGAUUUGGUGAAAUUAAUAUAGUGACGUGUAGAUACACAAUUUUUAGAAAGGAAAUUUCAGAGAGAGAUGGCUUCAGCAUCACCUUCUCCAAAUUCUCCUCCUUCGACUGCUACAUCCCCGUCAUCUUCCUCUUCUUCAAAUUCUUCCAGUAAUUCACAACCUCCUGCUGCCUCUAAUCCUAAUCAGACUUCUGACCAAGUAGCACCCUCAACCCCUUCUAAUCCUUCACCCCCACCUACUCAAUCUCCUCCACCAUCAGUUACUGCCUCUCCUCCAGAAUCACCACCACCGCCGCCUGCAUCAACACCACCACCAACUUCACCACCACCAUCGCCUCCAGCAUCACCACCACUAUCUCCUCCAGCAUCACCACCACCAUCACCUCCAACGUCUGCCCCUCCUCCAGCUGUGAACUCAACACCCCCUCCAGUUUUGUCCCCACCACCUCCAUCAGAAGGUUCUCCCCCUCCCCGGGUUACCCCAGCCCCUCCUGUAGGGACCCCACCUUCCCCUCCAGCUGUUACACCUUCUACACCUCCUCCAGACAAUGUUCCAUCUCCAACUUCAUCCAGUUCCCCACCCCCACCGGUGGCAAGCUCACCUCAAAAUUCUCCUUCACCCCCUCCUCCAUCAGGUUCUGAACCUCUUUCUCCACCCCCCACCCCAGCAAGAUCCACCAUAUCACCUCCUCCUCCUUCAGUCCCCUCAUCCUCUUCACCUCCUUCUAUUUCUCCUCCUGCUCCUCCAAGUAACUCAUCAGACACUGGAACCCCUACUUCCUCUCCCUUACCCUCCUUUCCAUCAGAAAAACCAACUGCAAGAUCAACUACGAAUACAACAGCAAAUUCCACAUCCGCCGAUAAUGGGGGCAUUAAGGUUGGAACAAUGGUGACCAUUGGCAUUGUUGUUGGGCUUCUUGUGCUUAGUCUUCUUGUGAUGGCUGCAUGGUUUGUACAAAAACGAAAGAAAAAGAGAGCUGGACUAAAUAUUGGCUAUACCAUGCCUUCUCCAUUUGCAUCCUCCCAAAAUUCAGAUUCAGUAUUUCUAAGGCCCUAUUCUUCAUCAGCUCUACCUUUGGGAAGUGGAUCUGGUAGUGAUUUCGUGUAUUCACCACCAGAUCCAGUUGGCAGCAAUUCAAGACCAUGGUUCUCAUAUGAAGAACUUGUAGAGGCUACAGAUGGGUUUUCAUCACAGAAUCUUUUGGGUGAAGGUGGAUUUGGUUGUGUGUACAAAGGUUUCCUAGCAGAUGGAAGAGAAGUAGCUGUAAAACAGCUAAAGAUUGGUGGUGGACAGGGGGAACGCGAAUUCAAAGCAGAAGUUGAGAUUAUUAGUCGUGUACACCAUCGGCAUUUGGUUUCACUUGUGGGUUACUGUAUAUCUGAGCAUCAAAGAUUACUUGUCUAUGAUUUCGUACCAAACGAUACCCUUCAUUACCAUCUCCAUGGUGAAGGUAGACCGGUGAUGGAUUGGGCAACUCGAGUAAAGGUUGCUGCUGGUGCAGCACGGGGAAUAGCUUAUCUACACGAGGACUGCCAUCCACGGAUUAUUCACAGAGAUAUCAAGUCAUCAAAUAUUCUUUUGGAUAUGAACUUUGAAGCUCAGGUUUCAGAUUUUGGGCUUGCAAAGUUAGCAUUGGAUGCCAAUACACAUGUAACCACGCGUGUGAUGGGAACCUUUGGAUAUAUGGCUCCAGAGUAUGCAUCAAGUGGCAAGUUGACGGAAAAAUCCGAUGUUUAUUCAUUUGGGGUUGUGCUUUUAGAACUGAUUACAGGUCGUAAACCUGUAGACGCAUCUCAACCAUUGGGAGAUGAAAGCCUGGUUGAAUGGGCUCGACCAUUGCUUGCUCAAGCCCUUGAUUCUGGAAACUUUGAAGGGUUGAUAGAUCCAAGACUGGAAAAGAACUUUGUUGAAAAUGAGAUGUUCCGUAUGAUUGAGGCAGCCGCAGCAUGUGUGCGUCACUCAGCUUCUAAGAGGCCAAGGAUGAGUCUGGUGGUGCGAGCCUUGGACUCCAUGGAUGAAUUGUCAGACCUUACCAAUGGAAUGAAACCGGGACAAAGCGAAGUCUUUGAUUCGGCACAACAUUCUGCACAAAUUAGAAUGUUCCAAAGGAUGGCGUUUGGUAGUCAAGAAUACAGUUCAGAAUUUUUCAAUCAAAGUCAAAGUAGCUCGAGGAGUUUUUCCAGAAUGCCUUAUUAGAUCAGAGACUUGAGGCUGACUGCAAGGCUUAACAUGGCAAAACUUGGAAACAAGUUGUGUGAGUAUCAACUUCUCUUGAUCUUGAAAUGAGAUUCUGACCCUUGAAUGAGAUUUUGUAACCAGGUCUUACUGCAACUUUCAUGUACAAUCUCAUGCAUUUCUUUCCUGUAAUUUUUUUCUUCCAUCUAACACGAUUAUGAUUGCAAGGAGAUGUGUGUUUUUUUGUAUCCUCCCAAGUGUUUAGAUUCAUUGAUACGGAAUUCUAUGUAUUUAUUAUAUCUAAAUUAAUAUAGUUUUUCUUCUUUCCUCAAA